GACACUCUCUGCUUUCAUUCUUGGUUCCCAUGGACACAACCCAGAAGGAGCGCUGUGGGCCCCGCUCUGGGAGGGCUGGAAGCUGGCAGGCUUCCUUAACUCACAGAGCUAUUUAGAGCACUGGGAUUGGUGCCCGUGUCCAGGCAGUUAGCAUGCCCAUGUAGGGGAGGUGGCAUGGGAGAGAGCUUAAAGCGUAUUCAAACAUUCUCCCCACCCCCCCCCGCCCCCGCCCGGCCUCUCCCUCCUCGCUCCUCAACACCAAACUCCUAAAUUUUCUGAAGGAAAACAAGUGCAUUAAUCCAGUCUCAGCCUCACGCCGCAAAAGAUACAAGCAGCAUUCUCCCGGUGAGCAACCUGGCUUUGUAGAUCGGGAAGAGGAUGGAGAGGCACAUGGUCAGGGGGCCUCUGUCUAAGCACUUCGAUUUGGAGAGGAAGAACGCCAGGCAGGCCGACGCCAGGCUCAGCCAAAGACUGCAGAGACUGGCCCACGUGAAGUUGCUGACCCGCGAGCAGAGACAGCUCCAGAAAGAACUGCAGAGGCUGCGGGAAGAUAUUGUCAAGAAAAAGCUCUCCUCUGAUUUGCGGAAUGGAAUUCAGAAGAGACCAGAAGACGUCCUUGUGUCCUCACCACCAAGAGGGAAGAAGCAUGGAGGUCCACACACUAAUAACGUUAGAGUGCUGGCCACCAACAUGACCCAAGAAAUGUACAGAACUAAGUCCCAGAUGCCUCUUUUCCAUCACGCUGGCUUCAAAGACGCCACGAAAAGCAAAGAGCAGUCGCUAUCUCAAAAUUAUAGAGCUUCUCACUUCACAGCCGAGAAGCCACAAGCCCAAGAAGAAGAUUUCAUGAGCCCACCAAAAGGCAAAGACUCCAACAAGGGCAUCUCUAUUCUGUGUCAACAGCAAGACGUCUCCAUCAACACCCUAGACCAAGGCCCUGGUUGCAGCCCAGUUUGUGAAAGUGGAACAGCACACAUGGAUGAGACCAGACCAAAGGAUGCCAGCCUAAACCCAGACCCCAAUGCUGGGAAACAAAGUCCCUUGAAUCCCACGGAAUGUGCAAGAAACUUGAAAGGCGAGUCCAUCACACCUACCUUCUUAGAGCUGUUUGCUAAGGUCAGAAAUGCCCACUACCUCCGGCACAGGGUCCCCCCGGAGUCUGAGAGAUUGCUUAGCAUUGGGGAGAUAUUCGGGCACAAGGAAUCCUUACAGCCCAGAACAGGACAGGAGUGUAAGAACAGGGGAUAUAAUCUCUCACUAAAUGAGCAAUACAAGUAUACAAAAAAGGAGGGGAGAGAUGAAUCUUCUGACAACACUUUAAGGGGUGCGCAUAUGUUGCGGAUGUCAUCAAAAAUAUGAAUCUACAUUGACGACUAGACUUUUUUUGAAAGGAAAAAUAUGAAGGGUCCUGCUUACGUUGGCCAACCUUUUCUUAUAGGAAGUUCUUAUGGUGCCACCUUCUGGCACAAUGACAUAGCUCUUCUCUUCAAGUUCACAUCUAACAUCCAUGCGGGGAGAGGGACUCAGUUGGAAACAGUUACCAUCAUGCGGUCUAUAAUUAAAAC